GCUUGCUGCGACUGCACACAUCUCGUCGACACUUUACGGCUCCCGAUUUACUCAACAAUUAUCUAGUGGUACAUGUCCCGACCCACACUGGUCCGACACAUCCUCCUCACAAUGAGCAGUUCUAGGAUCAAAUAGGAACUAUAUAAACUGCUCGACAUCGAUCGACUGAUCUCUCACUACAGUUCACCCAGCAUACCCUGCCAUACAGUGGAACGAUUCCAGCGAUUCGUUACUUUCACCAAUCAUGUCUGCUGUCCCUUCAACUCAAACUGCCCUUCUCCUCUCCGCCCCCGGCACCCCCUUCACCGUCUCAACCCGUGCCGUACCUGUUCCUGGCGCAGGCCAAGUCCUCAUCAAAGUCCACGCCGCUGCACUGAAUCCAAUUGAUGCUGUGAUGCAAAAGGUUGGGCACUUGUUGACGGGGUGGCCUGCUGUGGCGGGGCAUGAUGGGGCUGGAGAAGUGGUGGCACUUGGAGAGGGGGUGCAUGAAGUGCAGGUCGGAGACCGUGUUCUUUUUCAGUGCUGGUUCACCGUGGACAGGGGAACGUUCCAGCAGUAUGCUAUCGCAGACGCCGUUCGCGCUAUCAAGUUCCCUAAAACUAUCACCUACGACGAAGCCGCUACUAUCCCGACCUGUUUCUUUACGGCUGCCCUCGGUUAUUACGGCACGUAUGAUGUCGCAGUCGACACUAUGCAAUUUCGGGGUAUAGGGCUUGAUAUACCAGUCGGGGAAGGAGCUGGUAAGUAUAAGGAUGAACCCAUUUUGAUCUCGGGUGGCGCAAGUUCGGUAGGACAGUGCGCGAUCCAGUUGGCGAAACUCUCUGGCUUCAACCCCAUCAUAACCACUUGCUCUAAAUCCAAUGAGCCGUACUGUCUUUCUGCCGGUGCCACGCACGUCAUAGACUACAAGACCGUUCCUUACACCUCCUUAGCCUCUCACAUAACCUCCAACAUCACCACCAAGCCAUUCAAAGUCAUCUACGACGCUGUAUCCACCGAUGACUCUCAGGCUGCGUCUUGGUCCAUCCUCUCGGACGUCGAGGGAUUGGGGAGCAAAGCUGGGACGGGAGGGAAGCUGGUGAUCACUUUGCCACCUGCGAAGAGCAUCGCAAGUGAGCUGGACGAGAAACAGUUUGCGAAGACCGGAUCAAAGAGCGCGAGUUGGGCGUAUGGGAAUGGGAAUGGGCAACCGACCCAAGCGGAUGCUAAUAAGCUUGCGAGGGCGUUGGAGGGGUGGUUGAUUGAAGGAAAGAUCAAGCCGAACAAGGUCGAGCUCCUCCCAGGCGGCCUGUCCGCUGUAGAGGGCAAUGUGGGCAGAUUCCACAGCGGCGGCACUAGUGGAGCGAAGCUUGUUGUCAGGCCUUUCGAGACGAUUGCACCGGCUUGACCAAUCAGUAGGUGGAAGUUGAGCCAGAUGAAGGCUCGUCGCGCAUUAUGAACUGU